ACACACAGGACAGCUUUAGUCCAGCCCUCACAGAUCAGCCUGAGAGCCGUUUGGAUCUCGAUUAUCACCUGAUUGUAUUUUCUCAGCUGUUUUCUGGUUUUGUGUUUCACUCAUGUCCACAGUGGAGUGUCCACUCUCAGGAUGUGUCUAGGAAAAUGUUCACGCAUCAUUGCCAGAUAUCUGUAUCCUCUGGCCUUCAUCUCCAUGGCCUGCAAUGUUCUUCUGUUCUUCCCCGACUGGAAAAUCACAUACGCGCUGGAUAACCAUCUCACCCCAGAAGUGAAGCACAUGGGGGGCUUGAUUGGAGGGGGAGUCAUGGGGAAUCAGGGGAGGCAGCUUCCUGAUGCACAUGUGGCUUGUGGAACGUUCCAGAUGUUUCAGAGGGGUGAUGGCGUUCAGGCUUGAGUGAACACUGAGAAGCUGAAAUGCACAUUUUUAUAACCUAGAAAGGACGUCUGACGAGAAAGAAUGAGAUCUUAAAUGGAUUCAAGCAUUAAUGCAAACUUGAUGAGAUUCCUGAAAUAUUUUAAUGAUUAUAUUUGAAUCUACAGUGCAGUUAUGCUGGGCUUGGACUGUUUUAAGUGCUCAUAGGUUUUAUUCAUGAAUCUGAAACCUGCAGUCAGGCUGUUGUGAAGGACUCGUCAGUAGUUUUUCUAAAAAUCUUUGUGUUUGUUUGUAUUUGUCCGGUCAGCGUACACUGGCCUUACGUAUUAUAGGGACAGAAGAACUUUCA